GCGGCUGCUGAAGAGGUGGUCUGGGAAGUAGGCACGUUCCGCCCAACUUCUGUCUGCAACGCGGCGGGAAGCGCCUUCUCCACAGGACAUCAAUGCAAGCCUGAAUAAGAAAAACAAUUUCUUCCUCCAAAGCCAUGGCAUAUCAGUUAUACAGAAAUACCACUUUGGGAAACAGUCUUCAGGAGAGCCUAGAUGAGCUCAUACAGUCUCAACAGAUCACCCCUCAACUUGCCCUUCAAGUUCUACUUCAGUUUGAUAAGGCUAUAAAUUCAGCAUUGGCUCAGAGGGUCAGAAACAGAGUCAAUUUCAGGGGCUCUCUAAAUACGUACAGAUUCUGCGAUAAUGUGUGGACUUUUGUAUUGAAUGAUGUUGAAUUCAGAGAGGUGACAGAGCUUAUUAAAGUGGAUAAAGUGAAAAUUGUAGCCUGUGAUGGUAAAAAUACUGGCUCCAAUGCUACAGAAUGAAUAGAAAAAAAAUGGCUUUUUUAUGCCAUCUUCUGUUAUUAUUCAUCACUUUUUGAAGAGAAGCAUAGAAGAGACUUUUUUAAUUUAUUCUAGCAAUGCAGAAAUGACUACACUGUGCUCUACUAUCAGAGAAUUCCAGUAGAAAGAAGCUUAUAACUCUGUAGCCUCUUAAUUACCUGUAUUAUACAGCAUGAAGAAACAUGACUUUUUUUUAAUGACAAAUCAAAAGUUGUUGCCUUUGUAAGAACAUUCUUUAAUAAACUCAUUUUAAAACUCAGUA